CGUGAAAACAUGGCCCCGCAAUGUCGCCGAUAUAAAAUACAAGGGGGUGUGUAAAUUGUGUAGCAUCAGCAAUUGUUGCGUCCCCCUUGUCUAUGCAUGCACGAGGACUCACAAGCUGCCCCCAGCUCAACCUUCUGACCAACACGAUGAAGGCUGCCUUUGCUCUCUUCCUGCUUGCCAUUGCGGCUUCUGUCUUCGCAGACACUGAGGAGGAUUACUUGAAUGAAAUCUACGCUGGUGUCGAUGUCCGCUGUCUCUUUGAUGAAGUGCUGUGCUGGGAUCUACACACUGUCUGCUUGGAUAAACCUGAUUUAAGACUGAAACAAAAGAUUCAAUGUGAUAUCGACAAGCAAGAAUGCAUCGACGGCCUGCCUCACGACUGCAGAAACAUGUUCCCAGACGCCAAGGGCACCACGCCGAAGACCAUCUCCUAGUUUCUAGACCUCACUUCAACAACACUUGACCUUGACACAACAGCCGUUUGACCUUUGACCUAUUUCACCAUGGAAAAAAUUUCUUACACUUUUUUAUUUUUCGUUUAAUUUCCAUUUUCUUUCUUUAAGAAAUCACGUGCGGUGUAUGGAAAAUGUCUCCCAGAGUAAAGGUAAAUAGAUAACAAAUGCUUCAAAUGGCUGUUGUAUCCGGGUAAACAAUGUGUUAUAUUUAGAUGCUUUUAUUUUGGCGCGAAGGUAUUUUAUCUUAACGAAGAGAUAGAAAACACGGAAGAACAUUUUAUUGAAAACAAAAAACAUAAUAAAUAGUCAAGAAGAAAGUAUUCAAGUGUGUGAUCGGUUGAGAAAUAUUAUUAAAUUAAUGAAAGAUGUGGUUUGAAA